AUGUGGCAGUUGCGCGUACACGGAGCGUCGAACCAGAAAGGAGCUGGAGCAGGCGUCGUCAUCAUCACCCCAGAUGGAACCUUAUUAGAGCAAGCUAUCACGCUUGGCUUCCCGGCUUCAAACAACGAGGCAGAGUACGAGGCGUUGCUCGCUGGCUUGCGCUUGGCAAAGGAGCUAUCAAUAAAAAAGCUGGCCAUCUACUCAGAUUCCCAGCUGAUCACAAGUCAAGCCUCAAGAGAAUACAUGGCGAAGCACCCAAGGAUGAUCUUGUACCUUGACAAAGUUCAAGAGUUGUUGAAGGCAUUUCCCACCUUCACCAUCCAGCAAGUUCCCAGAGCAGAGAACGCGCACGCAGAUGCACUAGCAAGCUUAGGAUCGGCGCUGGAUACCCAGUUCAGACGUUCCAUCCCGGUCGAGUACCUUGACCAGCCUAGCAUAGAGGAGGCAGAGCAGCCGGACCUGAUGCAGAUCGAUGAGGAUCCUAGCUGGCAAGACCCAAUUAUUGACUAUCUAGUGAAUGAAAACCUGCCUAAGGGCAAGUCCGAGGCCAGAAAAAUCAAGCAGAAGGCUGCAAGAUACUACAUGAAAAGCGACAUGCUUAUCCGCAGAUCAUACUCCGGGCCUUAUCUCACUUGCAUCAAGUACCCGCAAACGCUCGAGGUUCUCUGCAAGAUACACGACGGUGAAUGUGGAAAUCACGCUGGGGGCAGCCACUGA